GCGCCUCACCGGCAUAUUAACCUUGCGUGGCGAAGAGGCAACGAGCGAAACAGUUGUUCACGUAAAUUAAUUGCUGAGGGGACGACAAGCAAAGGGAAUCCUCCCAUUUCCUACAGCGGCCCACGCUUCGAAACGGACGAGUCGUUAACUAACAUUACACGCUUCACGGAAUGAAGAAGAGAGCCUGAAGAGACUGCACCGUCCUCGCUUUUUAUACACCACAACCGAGGAGACGAGGGAUGCUAGGACUCUGAGGGGGAUAAAUAACGCAUUCGCCAGCGUUUUUGUCGUCAUGGGGCGUGUGUGUAGUUAACCGAGAGAGUAUUGCACCUGAAUUUAUCUGUCGUCCCCGGUUAUUGUCGGUGAAAAUGAGGAUAUGCAGAUAGUGCGUUUAAAAGUCCACCUUUUGUCGUGGACGGUCAGCUAACGUUAGCGAGGUUUUUCUCAGUACUAGCACUGACUGGCCAGCCUGUCGGUGCUGUUUGAGUUCAGUCAGGUUGUUGUUUGGCUGCUUUUCCCGCACUGAUUUAGCUGUUGUGCUCGUAUGAAACCUCGUCUAUGUCAUCCAUCCCAGCGUUUAUACGGGCCUUUGCUGGCAAACUGCGUCACCGAGUGGGCGCUGCAGGUAUUCAGCACUAAAUCUCCGUGUUGGGAAGUCUAGCCAUGGCAAAUAUCACCUGGAAACCAAAGUGAUUGAACUUUUAAAUCACCAUGGAGCCAGGGGCUGAUUCAAACUCAGAGGCCUCCCAAGGACUGAAAUAUCCAUCCGUACCUAACUCUCAGUGUGAACUCAACAUAAAUAUGUAUGAGAGCAUCGGUGAUGGAAAUGUCAAUAAUGUGGACUCCUCUACAGUAGUAAGAGGUGGGAGUGACCCUAGUGCAUACCCAACCUCAAAUUAUCAGAGGAUUGUACAUCAGAGAUUCAUCAGGAGAAGUCUGUGGUUCUCAGACUCGGACGAGCAGGCCUUUGAAGCACCUGAAUGUGAUAACAGGAGUAAGAUCCUCAACAUAAACCUGCGCACAAUAGUUGACAGGACACGGGGGACCAGGCCCAGAAUACAGGAGGGUUCCAGCACUGAAAGUCAAGGCGGGCAAAAAGACGAGACGGAGAGCGCCAGUGCUGAUGAGGAGAAGGAGAAAGGAGGAGAUGUGUUGAAUGUGACGUGCAAUCAUGGUGGCAGAACCACUGUUAAAGCAGCAAGCGAGGAGAACGAGGAGGAGGCCGAGAUGAAAGCGGUUUCCACAUCUCCAGGAGGAAGGUUCCUCAAGUUUGAUAUCGAGUUGGGGAGAGGGUCCUUCAAGACAGUCUAUAAGGGCCUGGACACUGAGACCUGGGUGGAGGUUGCCUGGUGUGAGCUGCAGGAUCGUAAGCUGUCCAAAAUGGAACGUCAGCGCUUCAAGGAGGAAGCAGAGAUGCUGAAAGGCCUCCAGCAUCCCAACAUUGUCCGCUUCUAUGACUUUUGGGAGUCACCCCUCAAAGGGAAGAAGUGUAUUGUUUUGGUAACCGAGCUCAUGACGUCAGGAACAUUGAAAACCUAUCUGAAGCGCUUCAAGGUGAUGAAGCCUAAGGUGCUGAGGAGCUGGUGCAGACAGAUCCUGAAGGGCCUCCACUUUCUCCAUACCAGGACCCCUCCCAUCAUCCACAGGGAUCUAAAAUGUGAUAACAUCUUCAUCACUGGUCCUACAGGGUCAGUCAAGAUAGGGGACCUAGGACUGGCAACACUCAAGAGGGCCUCCUUUGCCAAGAGUGUCAUAGGCACCCCAGAGUUCAUGGCUCCAGAGAUGUAUGAGGAGCACUAUGAUGAGGCUGUGGAUGUCUACGCCUUUGGAAUGUGUAUGUUAGAGAUGGCCACCUCAGAAUACCCCUACUCUGAGUGUCAAAAUGCUGCUCAGAUCUACCGCAAAGUCACUAGUGGGGUGAAGCCAGCCAGCUACAACAAGGUCAUGGAUCCUGAAAUAAAGGAGAUUAUUGGGGAGUGUAUCUGCCAAAAGAAAGAAGAGCGGUACUCCAUCAAAGAUCUGUUGAACCACGCCUUCUUUGCUGAGGACACAGGUGUGCGGGUGGAGCUAGCUGAGGAGGAUGAUGGGAAAAAGACCUCAAUAGCCCUUAAACUGUGGGUGGAGGACCCCAAAAAGCUGAAGGGGAAGUACAAGGAAAGCGGAGCCAUCGAAUUCACAUUUGACCUGGAGAAGGAGGUUCCUGAGGGAGUGGCACAGGAGAUGGUGGAGUCUGGCUUCUUCCAUGAGAGUGAUGCAAAGAUUGUGGGAAAGUCAAUCAGGGAUCGUGUUGCACUGAUCAAAUGGAGAAGAGAGAGGACUGUGUCUGCUGCAGCUCCAGUGGACCAGUGUGAAGGGGGACCUGGGGUCCAGACCACCCCAUCUCAGGGCAUUUCCACUGGGGCAGUGAAUGUAGGACAGCCCCCCCUGCUGGAACCGGAGGAGCCUGAGGCAGACCAGCACAACAGGCUGUGUAAGCUACCAGCCAGUGCCACCUCAGUGACAUCAGACAGCACACUUGACAGUGGCAUGGGCUCCACGGUGUACUCAGACUCCCACAGCAGCCAGCAGAGUGUCCUCUACCAGUCCCUGCUGGAGCCCAUUACCAUGGCAACGCAGCAGUGCCAGAGCAGUAGUUCCUUUUUGGCCGCAGAGCGACCUCACUCCUGUGAAAAGGGUGGAGUAUGGCAGGCAGCCCUGGGUGCAGAGCUCAGGGCUCAGAUGGGAGCUGCAGCACGGAGAGGAAGUGCCCCUGUUAUUGACACUCGCAGGGUCAACCAAAUUGCUGAAAUGCAUGCCCUUAUACAGUCCCAGAACAAAAGAUCAAUCAGUCCCACCCCCACAGUUUCAGAGAACCACUAUGCGUUCAGCCCCACUGAGCUCCAGUCUGAGGCAGAGGAUGGGUUCCCUUAUCAGGGCAGUGCACCUGUGCUGCGAGUUUCCCCUUUGCCCUCACCUUCAGAGUCCCGUCGCCAUAGUGACACUUGCAUGGAGCCAUCAUCAGAGACCACCAGUGGGAACCUAGCACUACCUGUGCCAGGUGGACGAAGACACUCUGACCUCAGCAGUCUUCUGAAUUUAAACUCUCAGCAUCACCAUCAUGCCAUGCAUAAAAGCCACAUGUGCCAGGCUUGCCUCUCUUUGCUGCUUCUGAGGUCAAGAGAAGGGGGCCAUUGCCACCCUUCAUUAGUCAUGCCCACACACCACUGUGCAUGUGCCAUUAGACACCACCACUCCUCUGGUGUAUCGAUGACUGCGCCAGGGUCCGGAAGGCUGAAAGGUUCAAGUGAUUGCUCAGACUUCUCACUGCUGCAGAAGUCCUUGUUCAACAUCAUCAGCCGUAAAGCAGCCCCUUCCAGCACCACAACCAACCAACCCUCUGUGCUGCAGUCACCAGCUGCCCACAGGCCUGCACGCAGCUAUGGAGACAGCAGCCUAAAGAUUGACCCCCUCAGUGGCAGUCUGGGUGAGGAGCAUAAGCCCCUCCAGGACCGCAGGGCCAGUUACUGUGCCGGAGAGCAGCAAGUCACCAGGGCUUUGGGAGUGGCCAGUUCAACAGGGCACCCGAAUCACUCUACUCUACAGGGCCUUCCUUCCUCCAGCUCAGCCCUGCACACCCCAUUGCAGUACCUCCAGCCCGGACACAGCUACCCUGUUGCUCCACAUGCUGGUCAACCCAGUACUUCAGCCCCAGCUUCAGCCAGUCCCUGUGUUGCCAACAUUCAGCAAGCAGUCACUCAACCCAGCUACACGGCUCCAAGUCUGCAACAGACCCAAGCCACACUGGGUGUUUCAGCAUCAGCUGUACCACAACAAGUUGUACAGAGCUACCACGCACCAGCUCAACAACAGCAGCAGACAACAAUACAAGCUAGCUCUCCAUGUGUUCCCAUGCAAGUCCAGCAAACGUUUGUGGCUCCAGCUCAGCAAGCAGCUCAGCCUACAUCAGGAUAUCCUACUCCAACUCAUCAACAGACUGCAGCUGCAGCAACAACCAUGCCAUCACAGCAGCUAACAAUUAACUACUCCGUUGCAUCUGUAGCCCCAAUUAUGACAGCAGCUGCUCAGUGUCUCCCUAGCGAGACCCCCAGUACACCCCAACAAAUCCAAGCAUCAGUUAAGCUGCCACAUCAGCAACCUGGUCAGAGUUCCUCUACACCAGCACAUUACAGCCAACAGAUACCUAUUCAAAAACAGCAGCCACAACCAGUACAGCAACUGGCUAAAUCCAAUAUACAACAAAUGCAAAACGUUGGGCAGGUUCAUAUUCAACCUCAGCUCCAACACAGCAAGCAAACUGUACAAGCCAUACAGCAACCACCAGCCGCACAACAACAAGCAGCCCUCCAGUCUCAUAAUCUUCAGUCCUCUGCUCAACAACAACCGACAGCAGUAAUAAUACAACAACACAGUCAGCAAGCCAUGCAGACUACAGUUCCAAAAAUCAACCAGCAUAUUUCCCAGCCCACAGUUCAACAGGUUCAGAUCCCAGCUCCUCAGCCCUACCCCACUGCAGCCUCAGCUUUGAAACAAGUUGCGCCCACUCAGAAGAGUUACCCCAUCGCAGGCCCAUCUGAUGCUGCCUCUCAGAGCUAUGCACCCUCAGCCCUCAAUAUGCUGCAGCAACAGACAGCUUCAGCUCCCAACGAGUAUCUGCCUGCACAGCCUGCUGCUCCUCCACCACAGAUCUACCCACUGGCUAACCAAGUAGUGACGCCUCAGAGCCUCCCAGCUUCUGCCCAGCAUGGCCAGGCUGCACCCACAGCCCAACAGUUCCAACAAUAUCUCUGCAUCGCAGCUUUCCUGAAUCAGAAUCUUUCUGCUGGCCAGAGCAUUUCACAACUUGGACAAGAUGGGCAGAGUCAUUUGCAGAAUUUCAGUCAAGCUUCCAGUGUGCCAGCCCAAGCACUGCCUCAUCAGCAGCCGUUGGCUCAGGCCCCUGCCCACCAGCAGCUCCAACCACUGCAGAUUUCCACUUCUCUACCACCAACACACCCAUCCCAGUUCCCUUCACAGUAUCCCACAAUCCAAGUGAUGACGGCUAUGCCUGAUUGUGAAUCCUCUUACCCUCACUCCUGCUCUGCCCCCCAGCCCUUUCCCACUCCAGCCUCCUCCUCUCUUGCUCCUGUCUUCCUGUCUCCUGGCCAGACUCUUCCUGCAACCCCCUCUGUCUCCCCCAUCUCCCCUCUGCACAUAGAAAACGUGUUAGGUCUACCUGUUCCAGUGUCCCUCAUGCCCUCACCCUCAGUUGCGUUAGGUAUGGCAGGGCCCACAUCCCCACACCACCAGUGCCCCACUGCUCUGCAGCCAAGUGUUAGACCUGAAGUUUCUCACUCACAACCUGCGUAUGAGGCAGCCCUAAGCACACGCCUCCCCCACACACACCCUGCCCCGCCCCAGAACACACACCCCCCCACAACCUCCAGCACUCAGCCUCUGAGACAGGUUCCGCAGCCAAGCCAGCUUGGCCAUCCAGAUGCGGUUCUCUCUACCCAGCCAGUCCAGCCAGCUCAGCUCGCCCAACCUGCAGUGUUCUCCCCACCUGCACAGAGCAUGCCAGACACUGGCACAGUCACUGCUGCUGCUCAGCUGGACCACAACCAAAACACAGGCCAAGUGCCCUCUCAGGCCUCGGCCCAACAUCAGGUUCAGAGCCAGGUUCCAGUGCUGCAGCCCUCUGAUGCUCCAAGAGCAUUGUCUGGAUCUGCCAGUUCCGGCAUGACUCAGCAAAAACAGCCUUGUGGUCUCCCAGGGGCUACAGGUCAGGGUCCAACGGAGACCAACCUGGAGGAUCAAGCUCCAGAGAAACAGACAGGAGGACAGAGCUAUGACAGCAGUGUCAACUCAGAUGCCACCUCAGGGAAGGAGAUGAGUGAUGGUUACGAGGGGACACAUGGAAGUAAAGGCGAGGGGAAGGUCCGCAAACACCAUCGCAGGUCCACACGCACCCGCUCUCGGCAGGACAAGAUCAACAGGCCGAAGCUUAGCAUGCUCAAUGUGUGUAACACAGGUGACAAGAUGGUAGAGUGUCAGCUGGAAACCCACAACCAUAAGAUGGUCACUUUCAAGUUUGACCUGGAUGGAGAUGCACCAGAGGAGAUUGCUAUUUAUAUGGUGGACAAUGAUUUCAUUCUGCCGCUGGAGAAAGAGGUGUUCAUUGAGCAGCUCAAGGACAUUGUGGACAAGGCUGAGGACAUGCUGAGUGAGGACACUGAAGGGGAGAGGAGCUCCAACCAGGGAGGCAGUCCCCAGAAGGGUGAAGGAGCUGCUGGCACACUAGGCACAGAGGGUUUCAAGGCCACUACACCCAACUCUCCACAGCUGGUGUACCAGCAAAAUGUCCUCCACACUGGCAAGCGCUGGUUUAUCAUCUGCCCCGUGGCUGAGACACCCACACAAGACAGGGAGAAGACUGCAUCUCACACCUCCACAGCCAAGGAAUCUGAAAGGUCUGCUUCAACAUCAGCCAGGUCCAGCAGCAGCACUGCUGCAGUGUCUGCCCCAGUUGCAUCUUUAUCCUCCAAAAGCCCAUCUUCCUCUCUACCCCCUGUAUCUCAGACCUCAGUGCAACCUCAGGAGCCAAACAUGGGCAAAGCCCGGGUCCAGCAACCUCAGCCCUCUAUUGCCAAACAUAGUCCUGCCACUGCUGGUGUCAGCCAUCAGAACCCCCUUCCUGUGGAAGAGCCUUGCAUCUCUGCUGUCUCUAUGGUAACUGACAUUCCAUGUUGCGCUAUUGUGCCACCUGUGUCUCUGGAUGUGAAUACUAGUCAUAAAGGACCAGCUGUUUGCUCUCAAACUAAUCAUCCCAAUCAGAAGGCCAGUCCAACCGGAGACCCACCUCCUCAGCUCACCUCCCAUCAGCCUGUGGUCCUGCAGCAGCCCUAUGCCACAUCGAUGCAGCCUGGGACAGUGACUUCCCAGCCACAGAGUCCAGCACAUCAGGCCUCCCAGCACACCCAGUCCUCAAGCCAGCAGCAGCCGGGGGGUGGGGGGCCAGGGGAGUCAGAUAGUGAUGGGCCCCGCAGGGUAGAGUUUGUUGACCGCACAAUCAAGACCUUGGAUGAGAAGCUCAGAAACCUGCUUUACCAGGAGCACACUCCCUCCCAACCCUCUAGCACUGCCCCCGAUCCCCAGGCUUCCAGCACAGAAGGAGUCAGCUCAACGCCAGUCUCAGACAGCCAAAGCACCGAGGGAUCACUUGCUAAGAAGAAGGGGGAACCUCUGCCUCAGAUUCCUGAGCGUACAGAUAACGCGGGUACACUGAGUGACUCUUCAGUGCCAGCUGCUAACAGGGUACUGAACAGAAGAGGUUUGCCUGCCGGCUCCAGUUCACAUAACUCAAAAAGUCGUUUUCAAAUCAUCCCCACCCCGCCGGAUGUCAUUUGCCGUUUGGAGAAAAGCAGGAAGAGCCGCAGCACAUGCAGUUCCCCAGCGCCCUCCAGUGGCUCUGGAGGAUCUCACACCCAGACCCAGGGCCCGAGCAGAGGAGAGCAAGGCUGUGUGGCUGUUGGCAGAUUCUCUGUGACAACUGCUGCUGACGAUGAGACUGUGGAAACCCCCAAACCCCACAGUAGUAACCGUUUCUCUGCACCACCAAACUUCUACCAAGCCACCCCUACCUCCAGCCCUGAUGUCACCCCAACCCAUAUCCCCCGAGCUCAAACCAUGGACACCCCCACCCAUCACAACCAUCACCAGUCCGCCCAGCUCUACUCUGACUCAGCAGAUGAGGACAGCAGCAGCAUAGCUCCUCCUCCGGCCCACCCUCCUCCCCCAGCCCAUGCCCUCUCUGAGCACAGUGGAACUGACCUCAUGAAGAAGGCAGUGGCCUUCCUGCGGCGCUCCGGCCGCAGCAGUAGUGUGCAGAGCUCUGAUUCUCCGAAUCGACAGCCCGUGACAAUGAAUGGUCAUGCCCCCUCACCCUCUGCAGGACAAGCCCACUCAUCCUACAUCAGCAGUGACAAUGACUCUGAGUUUGAAGAUGCAGACAUGAGGAAGGAGCUGCAGAAACUGAGAGAAAAACACAUGAAGGAGAUCUCUGAGCUGCAGGCAUUCCAGAGGAGUGAAAUCGAGCGUCUGUACAAGGAGCUGGGUAAAACUCUGCCCCCCAGUGUAGGUCUGCUUCAUGCCGCACCCCCAAGUGGCCGCAGACGCAGGGCCAGCAAACACAAGCUGAAGGCUGGCAAACUCCUCAAUCCCAUGGUGCAGCAGCUCAAAAACAACCUCAACACUGCUGGUGAGAGGAAAGGUGAGAGUGUUGCCAGCUCAUCCGAUUCGCCGGCUAAAAGUUCAGUUCUGUCAGAUGGCUCCGCCCACUCCAGCAGCAGUACCAGCACACAGCCCAAUGGCGUCACAGAGAUGGUCCAGACCCAGCAGCCCUGCUCCAUGAAGGGCUCCUUCUCCACAGACAACAUCUAUGCCGGAUUGCAUGCUGAUGGAAUGGCCACUCAUGCAGGCCCUGGCCAAGGCUGGACGGUUUACCACCAAACGUCAGAGAGAGUCACCUAUAAAUCUAGUAGCAAACCACGCACUAGAUUCCUCAGUGGACCCGUGUCUCUGUCCAUCUGGUCCACUCUGAAACGACUAUGUCUAGGCAAAGAGCGCAGUAGUAGGUCCUCUCAAGGUGCGGCCACAGCUCAGACAGCCUCCAAUCAGACACAGUCAUCACUCACCGUAGCUACACCCUCCGUGUCUCCUCAGCCAAUCACAGGGCUAGCUCAGGUCCAGACCAACAACAGCAACAACAAGAGAGGCACCUUCACUGAUGACCUUCACAAAUUGGUGGAUGAUUGGGCGAAGGAAACUCUAGCAGCAGCCCAACAACCACGGCCCUCCCUAAACCAGAUCAAACAGCAGAAACGUCAACAGGACCUGGAGGGCAGAGCCCCAUCCAUGGGAGCAGCCACACAUGAGGUGAAAUACCCCAUCGUUCCCAACAAGUUCCAGCUGCCUCUUUCCUGCCCGCUGACUGCUGCUUUAGGCCCUGGUAUGCUCCCAGCCUUGGGUCCCAACUCCUCAGCAAUGCUCCCACCUGGGUACCUUUUACCAGCAGGCCCGUAUGGCGGGAUGGUGCCUGGUCCUCUUUACCCCCAGCAGUGGUCUGGCUUGCCCAGUCCUGUGGGGUCCAUGGGUCCUGGAGGCCUGCUUGGCACUGCAGGAAUGAUGCCCUAUCCCGCCAUGGCCAGCGCAGGGGUCCCAGCCUUUCCCCUGAUCAUGCACAGCUCUGAGAAUGGCCCCUGUUCCAAAACCACCAGGACUACCUAACCUGCUGCCUCCUCCAAUUCUUCUUUACGCUGGUUCCACCCUACAGCUCCAAAAACAAACAAAAGACUUUCUUUGUGUUUAUGGGCAAAAAGUCCAGCUCCAGCUCCACUCUGCUGUGGCUCUGUUAUCAGCUGCUACACCAGAGCCAUAUGUGUACAUAAUUUGUGAGCUUGUACAUACAGUGUGAGUGUUGAUAUCCUUUAUACAACAACUAUACCUACAGUUAAGCGUGUGUGUGUGUGUGUGUGUGUGUGUGUGUGUGCGUAUGUAUGUAUGUAUGUAUGUGUGUGUGUGUGUGUGUGUGUGUGUGUGUGUGUGUGUGUGUGUGUGUGUGUGUGGUAUAUAUGUUAAUUAUGUGCGUCUGAGUACUUAAUGCUUUCGGCUUUGGUCUUGACGAAACUCACAGCCAUACUAGACAUAUUGUCAGCGGGCACAAUAGGGUGUUUCACCAUAUCAUUCAUUACAACCAUUCUCACACUGAUUUUGCCUUUCUCUAGAUUUAUGUACACUUUAAACACUACAUGAGAAUCCAAACACAGUGGCUCAAGAUGACAGAGCAGUAUUACUGAUGAAGACAUCCGAAGGAAUGUAGUGCCUUGAACAUAGCUUUUUUUUUCUGUGAAACAACGCAUGUCCGCAUCCAAGUGAUUUUAUUUGAUGGUAGCUUGCGUGCCGCUUCGUUUUUAAUGCAUCGCAGACACUUUUUGUUUUUGGUUUACAUAUGAAUGCCCUUGUAGUACUGCACUAUUAACACAGUAUAUGCUCUUAUUUAAAUAAUAAAAUUAUGUUUUAAUCCUUGUUUACUUUCCACCCCUGUGACAGAUGGAAUGCCAUGGUGGUGAGAUGUACAGUUGCCUUGCAGAAACAAAUGGUUAAUGUAUGACUAAUGAGAGAGAAAUAAGAAAAAUCUAACAAAGCCAGCAGCCAAAAUCCACUCUUUCAGGUCACAUGGUUCAGUUGGACACAGCCUCUUUUUGAUAGGAUGGCAGCAGAGUUGACAGUGUUGUAGCCUAGUGCUCAGAGGGAAGGCAGUGUCUAGAGCCAUAUAUACUGUACAUAGUCCUUUAUAUAUGCCUCUGGUAGUGUUACGUUCCGAAUGUAGCAAUGAAUAUGCGACGUUUUUGAGGCUUAAAAGUGCAAUUUAACCCCUCUAAAGCUUUGAUCGUGGCCUUGCCACAAGCCUUAUCUGAUGUGUGCAAAAGGAGCUAGCUGCAAAGUUGAACGAAAGUUACAAAUCACCAAACAAACUAUAGAAGUUAUAAACCAUCAAGCAAACUGUUGAAGCUGCACAUCACCAAACAAACUACUGAAGUUACACAUCACAAAGCAAAGUACACCACUGCAAAAUAUUUUCUUUUCAACUUGGCUCUCCUGUUAUCCAGUGUAUACUGUAUGUAAUUAUUUCUUGUGCAAUCACCAAUUGAGUCUCAAGUGUUGACAUUAUUUGAUGUUUAAAGCUUGAUUUUUGAUGCUGCUAUUCUGUCUGAGGUGGUUCCACUGUACAGAUGAACAUUAUAUUCACGUAACAUGGUACAUUUGAAUCACCCCAAGGAAAAAACCUUCUGAAGAUGAAUUCUUAACAAAUGGGAUGCUCAAGAAGCAGUGUUAUUGCCUUGUUGAAAUUUUGAUGUUCUGUAUCAUUUCCCAAGUUACUUUUGGUAGCCUUAUUUUUGAUUUUUUUUUUUUCAUUUGAUUGUUCUAAUCAGUAUAUUGCAUAAUUUAAAUAAUACUUGAUGUCGGAGAUUUGGACAACUUGUUCUACUCCCAGUUCUAGCCUGUGUUAAGCAGUUUCCAAGACUGUACAUAGAGGGUGUCACCCCCCCAUACUUUUAAUCACUGAUGAGCAUGGCCAGCUGUUCAUGUGUUCCACAAAGCAGAAAUAAACAUUAAAGCUACUAAGCUUAGAUAUUUCACUUCACAACUACACCAAUGAAAGGUUGCAGCACCCCAAUCCUGCCAAGCUGUGAAAUGUACAGUUUUCUUGUAAAUUAUAUUUGUACAUUUUGUUUGUUUGACUGUUUGGGUGGGGGUGGGGGUCGCUUCAAUGUAUAUUAUUCCAUCAAUUCGGUUUGAAUUGGACUUUUAUAGAAUAUUAUGCAGAGUCUUCUGCUUCGGUGAAAUACUUCCAGUAGUAAGAGAUUUCUGUUCUCUGUCACUCCUUAUAUAUCUGGUAUCUUUCGCUCCACCCCCUCUCUAUGCUAAGUCAUGGUGAGCAGAGGAGGGAAUGACUACUGUUGGCAUAUUCAUUUCAAUGCAGUGAGCAAACAUAGACGUGAAAUGCGCAGAGGAGGCACAACAAUAUUGACAGGUGUGAGCCUACUCUGGUCAUCUCACUUCUCCCUGGACAACGUCGCCCCCUGGUGAAUAUGCUCUUGGUCAAACGCUUGCAUUUAAACUGUGUGGGAUGCUUAUGCCUGCUGUAUUUCCCACUGCAUUACCCAACCCAACCUUGUUAGCUGCACUCAAAUCACAGACUGUACAUGUUGAGAGAGAAAUAAACAUUAUUUUGUGCUUGAU